AUGUUUCUGUCUCUGCCAACGUUUACUGUUCUGAUUCCACUCAUCUCUUUAGCAGGAUUGUUCUACUCUGCCUCUGUGGAAGAAAACUUCCCACAGGGCUGUACCAGUACUGCUAGCCUUUGCUUUUAUAGUUUGCUCUUGCCGAUUACCAUACCAGUGUAUGUGUUUUUUCACCUUUGGACUUGGAUGGGUAUUAAACUAUUUAGGCAUAAUUAGUGCAACCAUAGCCAAGAUGGUAAACCUAUUGAUGAUAGGUCUUAGGUAUGUAUCUCUGAAAGCUCAAUUAGAUGCAAGUACUGGAGACCCAUUUAGCUUACAGGAAAGUUGCUUUGCCUUGCUUCUCUUGGGCUUAGGACUGUGGGAGGUAUAAGCUGCAUAAGCUUCUUGGUACUUUUGUUCUGCCCUUGUUUUUUGAAGAUUCUGACUUAUAACUACUGAAUCAGAAGAAACAUUUCAAUAACAGUUCUUGAUGGAGAUUAACACCCCUAUUAAUCUGAGGCCAUUUCUUAGCUUAUUAAUAUAAAAAUUCAAUCAUAUGGAAUUUUAUUUGUUUAACUUCAGCAUCAGUGGUAAAGCCACAGCCAUGUUAGAGAUGACUCAGUUAAUCCCAAAGAAGUUAUGGAAGAGUUUUUAGAGAAAUGCAUUUGAACUAGUGUGAUAUAAAACUGUAUAAUAAAAUGGAAAUUUCAUGUACUUAAAAAAAAUUCUGAGUUCAUAAAAUUACCUUAAUCUCUUUGGUUUCAAAUAUAAUAAGAAGUUGACAUAAAAAGUGGGUUUUGGUUUGGAUUUCUUUUUUGUUUUGUUUUUGGUAAUGAGUAUGGUACUAAAGGAGGGAAAUUGUGAAAAUAUUGUAAAUUAAAAACUGUAUGUAAAUAGUAAAAUAUAAAAAAGAGCUGGGUGGCCCAGUGGUAGAGUGCCCCUGGGUUCAAUCCCUGGUAUAAAAAAAACAAAACAAAAAAAACGCUAUGCUUAGAAAGGCACUUAAAAUCUAAGGAGACUCAUUUUCUCAGGAAAAUGGGUACCUUUGGCAAGUAAGGCUAGGGAUGGGAGGGAAGACUUGAUAUAGUUGAUUGUGUCCUGUUGAAUUUAACAGUGUGUUUUGAGACAUACUUAUUUUUUUCCUGCUUUAGUAAGUCUAUUUGGCACAAAGGGCUUGAGCCGUGAGUUUUCUAGACUUUUGAACAGGACUGAUUAAGAGCAUGGUACAAAAACAUUUCAGAAGCAUAGCACAAAUAAUGUUCCAGUAGUUAUCUUAAGAAACUUAAUUGAGGGCUGGGGAUGUGGCUCAAGUGGUAGCACGCUCGCCUGGCACCACAUACAAACAAAGAUGUUGUGUCCACCAAAAACUAAAAAAUAAAUACUAAAAAAAUUCUUUCUCAAAAAAAAAAUAAUAAGUAAAAAGUGGCUGAAUUUAAAAAAAUAAAAGAAGAAAGAAACUUAAUUGAAUAUAAUUUUUUUUUUUUUUUUUACUGUGCUUAGAAUUGAACCCAGGGCCUCUUGCAUGCUAAGCAAACACUUUACCACUAAACUACAGUCCUAGCCUCAAAUUUAACUGAUUCUUCAUUAGCAUCUUAGAAAAAUUGAACAGAAGAUUUAGACAGUGAUUUCCCCUUCCCCAUCAAGAGAACAUUAAAAUAUGUUAGAUUGCUAAGCAUAGUGGUGCAUGCCUAUAAUUCCAGUAGUUCUGGAGGCUGAGGCAGGAGGAUAAGCAAGUUCAAAGUCAGCCUCAGAAACUUAGCGAGACCCUGCCUCAAAAUUUGAAAAAAGGGGCUGGGUAUGUAGCUUCGUAUUUGAGAGCACCGAGUUCAAUCCCUGGUAUCAAAAAACAAAAAACCCUAAGAUAUGUUUUCUAUUGCAUUAAUUCAAUGUAUAUGAAUAGUACAAAUCACUUUUUUUUUUUUUUAGUUGUAAAUGGACACACACCUUUAUUUUAUUUUUUAUGUGGUGCUGAGGGCCUCACAUGUGCCAGGCAAGUGCUCUACCACUCAGCCCCAGCCCCAGAUCACAUUUAUUUUUUUAAAAUAUUUUUUAGUUGAUGGACCUUUAUUUUUAUGAGGUGCUAAAGAUCAAACCCAGUGCCUCACACAAGCUAGCUAGACAAAUGUUCUACCACUGAGCUAUAACCCCAGCCCACAAGUCAUUUUAAAAUCACACAAUAUUUAAAGAACUUGGAAGACUAGAAGUUCCUAGUCAUUUCCUAACAAAUUAUUUUAUUAAAUAUCAAAUUUAACCACCUUAGAACUCAGUAUAAAUGUUAUACUGUUAUAAAGUUAAUAUAACUAAUGCUAUAAAUAUGUACUUGCUUUCUUUUUCUCUAAGAGACCUCAAAUUAUAUGAACAAUUUUGCUAAUAAACAUUGUAUCAAUUUCUA